GUUGAACCAGAGCAUUGAUGGUCGACGAGGCUGCUUGUCCGCGACGCCCACUCUUUCCCUCCACCAGCUUCCUACAGCUGAUGCAGCCGAUACGAAAAGAUGGAAGAGGAGGAGGCUGAGCUCCGCAACCCGUUCCCAUCGCCGCCCUCGCACUACACGAAAUACACGACGCACAACCUCUACCUCCUCGAGCUGCUUCGCGAGCGUGCGGGCAGCGUGGACCUCUCGACGGUGAACCAGUAUGAGCUACUCUCAGGUCAGAUGGACGUUCCAGAGUGGCCGCUUGUGCAGCUGGAGAAGCCGCGGGUUGACUGGAUAGUGGAGGACGGGCAUUAUACGGUGUUUGGUGAAAACUGGCCGAUCAAAGAGGGAAUACCAUCCCUGGCUGAGCUAGGAGGUCACCAGCUAUAUCCAGCUGAUCCGAGUGUUGACCGCAGACCUGCAUUGAGAUCUAUACUGAGGUCCAUGUUGGUCACAUAUUCUCACUUACUCGAUGCCCUUCUCGCGCCGCCUCCGACUGCACCUUCGACCGGCCCGCCGGAAUGGGAGCAGCAGACAGAAUGGAUCAAUGUUCUCGCGCAGAACGUCAUGGCGGCGGCAAACGACUUGCGGCCCGUGCAGGCCAGGGGCAACCUAGAGCUCAUGAUGAGACGGCAACUCGAGCUGCGAAAAGAGGAGACGAAGGCAAUCCAUGCAAAGUGUGACACCCUGGAAGCUAAACUGGCGGAUAUGCGCGCAGAAAUCCAGCGGUUGCCCCAUGCAUCAAGGGGCUCUUCGAGGAAGCCUGUGAUGUUCCAGGCCGGCGGUGGUGAUAAGAUCUCAAAUGAGGACGUCCUACGUUGGGCAGAGGAAAUUUGACUGUGUCCUGCCACGCUUUGGUUCACAUGAAACAACAGGGCACUCGUUGCGAGUUACAAUGUAUAGUAGCGUCCUCAAGUGCGCCGAGCCAGGAUGCAGGUGCUAAUAAUCUCGACGAUCUGCAGCUAAAACGGUGUCGUAAGGUAUUCUUCGGGAUCUCAAGUGACCUAGGACUUACGGCAGCUACAUCACAAUUAUAAUUGACUCGUGUGUCUUCAAUUAUAUGGUUACCUAUACUUGCGUGAAUG